AUGUAUGGAGUUUGGGUGAUCAGGUUCAAAUGUGCCGUCCACGGCACUGGCCAUGGCCCCAUACAUGUAUGUAUCUCCUACCAGCUGCCACGCCGACUUUGGGGUAGAAAGGCCUUACGUAUACACACAAUAUUCCACCGUGGCCGAUUUGUGGCUCUUGUAUUUGGUAUUCGCAAUCAUCAACCUGAUCUUCGAGCGUUUAUUUAA